GUCUGUGGUCGAAAGUUUAGUUCGACGAAAAUGACGAGCUUCGUGUUUCGCGUUUGAAAAAUAUUAUAAUUUUGUGAUAUCGCCAUCAUGACAGUUUGGGAGAAAUUAGAAAAUGAAGACUGUUACGCCGUCGCGAUAUACAACUUCAGCAGUGAAUCCGAGAACCACCUGUGUCUGGAUGUAGGCGAAUUGGUUCAUGUAGAAAGGCAAACCCGGCACUGGUACUGGGGUCGGAGCCUCCGAAAGGAUGGCUGCGGGGCCUUCCCCAAGAGCUAUGUUGUCGUCAGAGACUGCAACGUCGACAGAUGCGGGGGUACAAUUGUUGCUUCGGCCGGCGGCAGCGGCGUUGCUCACGACAUAGCUCAGACACUUAGAGAAUGGUUUGAACAGUGGAAGAAACUGUACAUCACAAACGACGAACGCUUCAAAUUCAUGGAAGUGAGCAUGCGCGCGCUACUAGAACUCCGUAGGGAGUCAGCCAGCGGGACCUUGCCCCAGGACCAAAUGCGGAAGGUGGCCAGGACUGCGGUGUUCACAAUAGAUAAAGGAAACAGAGCACUAGGCAUGGAAUUGGCAGUGAGAACAGCCAACGGCCAAUUGGUGGAUCCCCUCCAAAUUUCAACGUACAGACUCAAUUCUAUGCACGACGAAGCGAACGCACGCAUCGAUAAGAAUAUGGAAACCACACCGGCUACCCAACAGACAACGGCUCUCCCUACAGCUCGUACAUACACUAUAGCGUUGCGGGUCCACAAUUUUGUAUGUCGAAUGUCGGACGCAGCCGAAUUAUUACCGGCUCUAUACGACGCCGAAGGGAAUAAGCUCACAGAACACUUGUUACUAAGGUGGCCUACUCACUACUUCACUCCUGCGCAAGUCAUAUUCACGGAUCUCUCAAGUGACGUGAAGAGGGAGAAAAUCUACUUAGUGUGCCAUGUGGUUAGAAUAGGUUCCAUGGACUCACAGAAUGUCGAUCACAGACGUAGUUCGGUAGCCCAGCCUCCCGUCACGGCGUCCACGACGGGGGGGAUGCGCCGCCCCUUCGGCGUGGCCUGCGUUGACGUCACGCGACACCUGGCCAACGACAACCCCGACAAGCACAUACAAGUACCGUUCUACGCUUGCGAGAAGGAAAACAUGGACGACCUACUCAAGAAAGUGCUUGCAAACCGCGAUCUGAAAAACGCCAAGCAUUCUCAAGGGCUUUGGGUGUCUCUGCAAUUGGUUGAAGGGGAUUUGAAACAGAUUCGCGAAGAGAACCCACACAUAGUAGUGGGAAAUACAGCCGUAGCGCGAAAAAUGGGAUUCCCCGAAGUGAUAUUGCCCGGAGACGCGCGCAACGACCUCUAUGUGACCUUGGUCAGCGGCACCUUUUCCAAAGGUGGCGGGAAGUCUUCUGAAAGGAACAUUGAGUUGGCAGUGAGGGUAGUCGACAAACAUGGGAAGACUUUGCCGGGUGUAAUAUCGCUCGGAGCAGGUGUGCCACUAGCGAAUGAGUAUACCUCGAUCGUUUACUACCACGACGAUCGGCCUAGGUGGCAGGAAGUAUUCAAGGUUUGCUUGAACAUAGAGGAGUUCAAAGAAGCCCACCUAGUGUUCCUGUGUCGGCACAGAAGCUCAAACGAGGCGAAAGACAGAACCGAGAAACACUUCGCGCUCUCUUACUUGAGGCUGAUGCAGAGGGAGGGAACCACGACCCCGGAUACGUAUCACAACUUGUGCGUUUAUAAGAUCGACGCUAAACGCGGUACGGCUGCAGAUGUAGAAGCAGAAGCGGCGGCUUUAUGCCUCGGUUUGCCUUCCAAACGGGACGAGUUACCGGCCGGCGCUGAAAGGGGUCUGACGCGGGGAUCUCUCUCCCUCAUACAUAAGGAUACGCUAACUGUAGCCACUAAACUGUGUUCUACCAAACUGACGCAGAGAGAGGAAAUACUGGGAGUUCUCAAGUGGAGUACGCAUCAUGCUGAAGGCACUUUACGUACCGCCCUCACGAGGCUGCUGCAAGUGCCCAGUGAGGAACUGGUCAAGUUCCUGCAGGAUAUCCUGGAUGCUCUCUUCAGUAUACUCACACAGGUGGAAGAAGACCAGCCUUGCUACAGCGAUCGCAGCUACGGCGUUCUCGUAUUGGAAUGUUUGCUUCGAGUCAUAUCAUUAGUCGCCGAUCACAAAUAUCAACAUUUCCAGCCCGUACUGCACGUUUACAUCAACGAGAGCUUCUGCGACGCGUUAGCAUAUGAGAACUUAAUCGCGGUGAUUGUGUGGGUGAUAAAGAUGGCCGACAGCGGUGAGGCUGCUUUGAAAAGACUGCUCGUUUGCAUGAAGUGCGUGGAGAGUUUGGUCCGCAUCAUAGUGCGGAGUCGCCAGUUGAGGAGUGCUUUAGGAGAUAGUGCUGCCGAUGCCGACUUCACUAAGAGAUUCGAGAGUCUGCUGGAGGCGCUUGUGUGGUUGAUGCGCAGAGAAGAGCACGCUCUCACUUGUCAGGGGUCAGCGCUCAAGUUCCUUCCGGCCGCGGUUCCUCACGCGCUGGCCGUAUGCCCGCCCGCUGAGCUCAGCGCGUAUAUAGUGCGCUCGCUGGAAGCGCUACCGCUGGGACGGCUGGGCAAGCAGCGUAUGCUGGCGCUGCUGGAGCUGGUGCGCGGCCCGCUGUGCUGGCACCCGGCGGCGCGGGCGCUGCUGAUGCCGCAUCUGGCUCACACUGUACGGGCGCUGCUCAAACAUAAGGCCGAGGUGGAGCUAUGCGUCGAAACUCUUGGCGAAGCGAUGACCUUGUUGGCCCGCGACGACGUAGGGCCAGUGGAGGCUGAUAGGGGCGAGUUGGCGAAACGGCUGUUGCCAACUUUCUUCCACACCGCCGACGCGAUGCUAAAGGAAAAGAAGACAGAUGAAAACUCCUCAGAUGACCCGCUGCUGAGGCGUGUAGUGUGCGUACUUCUCGACAUGGUGCGUCAGUUAUCCGACGAGCAGUAUAGCAUUGUAGUGAAGGCAUUGGAAGCGGAAAAUGCGGGGGGAUCCCGGUCUCUUCUGUCUGACGCUUUACACUUGAUGACGACUUUGCUUCAAAGACCCGUGUUCAAGCUGCAUUGGGCCGAUAUAUUGCACCUACAGCAUUACGUCAUGUUGCACGCGUUGAGGUUACUGUCGACAACGCUUCGCGAUCGCCUAUCGAACGUGGACGAAUCGGACACAGAAACUAUAACGGUCAUACAUUCCAUGUGGAGGGAUUGGUUCACAGCGGUGGCUUCACUGGCCACUUCCUCUGUCCUUCAGCUGGAUACGUUACCUCCUGGGAGAAAACAGCGUGUACUGGCCUUGUACGGAGAUCUGAGGAGAUCUGCCGCCUCACUGUUGGGAGAAAUGUGGUUUGGAUUAGGCGAACACAAGCGAUCCUUCAUUCCAUGCCUGGUCGGCCCUAUAUUAGAAGUGAGCUUCCUAAGAGACGAGGAAGUGAGAAACACUACCAUACCUCUAUUUUUCGACAUGAUGCAGACAGAGUAUUCACACAGCGUAGCGAGCGGCGAAAGCGAAGGCCAUCUGAAAGACGUGGAAAGCGAGCUCAUAGAUAAGCUAGACGUGCUAGUAGAGAGUGGGUUGGGGGAUUCCUGGUGGCGGGCCAAAUUCGUGUCCCUAUGCGGGGCUUUAUGUGGGGCCGCGGCUGGCGGGCUGAGGGUGUCGGCCGCGGCCCUAGUGGCGGCGGCAGCGAGGCAGCUGGAUACCUUGCUGCAGUAUAGGAAAGCCGCGUUACGGUCUGCCACCCCCCACAGGAUGCAUUUGACGACUAGAGUACUUCACUUCUAUGAACAAGUGGAGAGGCCUCAUAUGUAUAUUAGAUACGUCCACAAGCUAGCCAACAUGCACCUGUCUGCCCAGCAGUGGGCAGAGGCUGGGCUCUCUCUAAGACUGCACGCGAAACUUUUGAAAUGGGCCGCGGUACCCUUACCGCCCAGACUCCGACAUCCGGCUCCAGAUGCUCAGGAUCGACAUUCAACACAUCGCGAGUUGAAGGAAAACCUUUACUUAGAAAUAGCGGAGCUACUAAACAGGGGUCGUCAAUGGGAGUUAGCCGUUGACAUAGUCAAGGAAUUAGUGUCCGUUUACGAAGAGGAAGCCUUAGGCUAUGGCCCCCUAGCGGAGUUGCAUGGACAAUUGGCCAGUUUAUACGGGUGUAUGCUGAAAACGCCGAGAUGUCAUCCGGGAUAUUUCCGGGUCAUGUAUUAUGGCGAAGGAUUCCCGGAACACUUGAGAGUGCCGCAUGGUUUCGUAUACCGAGGCAACGAAUACGAACAGUUGCAAGACUUCAAAGAACGCCUGUUAGACGAAUGGCCCGAUGCUGAUGUUCUUCCCAAAUUGGACCCGCCCGGGGAAGAGAUCACGCAGUCUGAUGGACAAUAUCUGCAAAUAAACGCCGUAGAGCCAGUCAUAAGCGACAAACUGAAGCGUCUAUCCGGAAAACCUGUAGCCGACCAGAUUCUAAUGUAUUACAAGCACAAUAACGUCGACAAAUUCGUGUUUUCUAGACCCUUCCAUAGACCAGAAGAAUCUCUAAACGGAUCAACGGAUGACCUGUCGAGUCAGAACGAAUUCGCGACGCGGUGGCUCGAAAGAACUGAACUCGAGAUCAGUGAUAAAUUGCCAGGUAUUCUCCGCUGGUUUCCGGUCGUCAGUCAGCGCACUUUCUGGGUUUCCCCCGUGGAAGCUGCAGUGGAAGCCUUAAGAGAAUCCAAUAGAGCUCUCAAAGCGCUCAUAUUAUCAGCCCGAGCGGCCGAUGCACCGCUGCAGCCUCUCACUAUGAGGUUAAACGGCAUUCUCGACCCGGCGGUGCAAGGCGGCAUAGUGAAUUACGAACGAGCUUUCCUUACCCCCUCCUACGAGGCGAGGCAUCCGGAACACGCGGAGCUGCUGCAGCAACUGAAGGACCUCAUAGCCGACCAGAUACCGCUGCUCAAGUUCGGUCUGGAUGUGCACGGGGGCCGAGUGCCCAACGGUAUGGAGGCGUUGCACGCACAUCUGUUGGCGUGCUUCAGGCGCGUGCAGCACCACGUGCACCAGCGAUAUGGCAGGAAGAUGUGCGACUUCGAACCCGAGACCCCGGAAGUGCAGUUGAGGAGUAUGCGGGAUAGCCUACCUUCAGACCCCGCCACCGCCAACAACAGGAUAUCAGAUAUCUCGACCGGAAACGACUCGGCUGCAAGAUCGAAGUUUUUCAGUUUCAACAGUGCAAUAAACCCAUUAGCUAGUAGAAACAGUAGCGGCGGCGUGGUUAGUUACUUCAACACAUUGCAGAGCACGCCCAAACGACGCGGCGACAAGCGGAGAGCCAGGAAGAGUGAAGUGGGCGCUUCAGCCAGCGGAAGUCAAUGGUACACUUCUCAUUCCACCAAUGGAACAGCGACACCCCUCCCCACUGCCAAUACCAUAAACACGAAUACGACCAACAACAAUGUCAGUACGGAAACACCAUCAGCUUCGCCCCUCCGGGAGUUACGGCAAGAGUUGGUGACCGAGAGACCGCUCAGGGCAGAAGUGGAGCGAGAGAGGAGGUUGUCUCAAAGGACUAGCCUUCUCACUUCCUCCGCGCCGCCUUCGAACAGAGAUUCCAUGGGCACUACUGAUUCUAACCAAGACGACGAAGAACCUCCACCGUUACCCGAAAAACUAUCCCACAGGAGUAUGGACUUAGACGGAGACAACAAUAAUAAUUCUGACACCACACCACUCCCACCUAGAAACAACUACGACAUGGUAUGGACCCCUAGGGGGUCCUUCCUAUACAAUUCCAUAGCUAUGCGACGGAACACGGGCGUUGAUAAGCCACCGACGCCGCCACCAAAAAAGAAAAACGCGCAAAAUAAUAAUAUUUAACAUAAUAAAAAUUAGUUUUAUUAUAAGCUAUUUGCGUUAAAAUAAAAGACGAGCGAGCCUUACAGUAGUCGCGUAUGAUGUGUAACAUUUGAAACCUCACCUUAUAUUAGUAAAAAAUGGAAUAAAACCUACUACAAAAGGAAGGAAAAAGUUCAAAUUGCUUAUUUGAACAUUAUGUUCUAAAAUCAAAUCAAAUGGCGCGCGCUUUCGCGACUUCCUGUUACACACUUCCGUCCCAUUUCACGAAAUCACCCCCACAAAUUGCAAGCGAGAGGAAAGAUGUUACACAUCAAAAGCUUCAAGCUUUUAAUAGUGCGUUAAAGCCUAUUACAGGUCGCGGCACAUAACUCUAGCGCUGAACGAAACGCUCUGAUUUUAUGUCAGUUUAAGGGCGUAUUAACCGGUUUAUUUUUAAACCUAAAUCAGUAUCAAGUACAUUAGGAGCGUUUUAUUUAGGUUUGGCUCUACCUUAACCUUAAAAAACCGGUUUUCCUAAAAAGCGAAAUCAAAUAGGUUCUGAAUCAAUUUAGCGGUUUAUAAAGGGUUUCAUUUCGCUCUUACUGAUGGCAUCGCCUUCGCCGGUUCAAUUCAAAUUUAUAAUGAUUUUAUGUCAGUGUCUUUCCAACUACAGAGCGAGUGAGUGAAGUAGUGUGUCAGUACACAAAUACAAAAUGAAUAACUUGACUCACUAGACGCUAGCAAACGUGUCAAUAAAUGCAUCAAUCUCUGAGCAUUAACAAGUUGUGACUUGUUUAGUUCAAACAAAACAAACACGUGUCGCUCUGGAUUAAACCGGUUUAUUAAGGUUUUAGGUACCGCUUUCAUUUUGGACGCGCUCCGAACGAAACCUUUACUAAAAACCGGUAUUAACCUUUAUUUACCGGGAUUUUCAAAACCGGUUACAACCCCUACCGCGCACCUCGUUUCCCCCCACCACAUCUUAAUUUUUACUUCUGCGCAAUAACGGUCUGCGCUAGAGUUUCGUACCGCGACUUAUACUGUUUAAACAGUCUAGUUCAAAUGCAAUAAUACUAUGAGAUAUUCUGAAAGAGAAUGCCUGUUUUUUAGUUUGAGGUUGUAUUAUAUUUUUUGUAAAAGAAAAGUGUAUUAAAAUUAUUUCGCAAUACCAUAUGUAAAAAAAGAAAUUUAUCAUUAGCUUAGUUUUUUUUUUCAGUAAAAAAUUUGUUUUCCCUCUUCUUUUAAAAAAUAUGAAGUAGAGUUUAAUGAAAGCUUUGCUGUUUAAUACUUAAUAAGAAUUUUAAUAUUUUUUUCUGCAAAACACAAAUUUCUCUAAUAAGAGGCACUGCCUAUAAGAUGCUGUCUAUUUUUUAUCAGUAUAAUGUUGAAUAAGGACAGCGCCAGUUUUAAAUUGCUGUCUCUAUGUAAAUACGUGAAUAUCCCACCUUACAAAUAUUUGAGAUUUUAUAUUUGCUCCUAACUUUUUCCAUUUCUUUAGUAAACAUAAGUAACAAAAUUGGCUAAGUUCUUAAUAAAAAAAUAUCACAUAGGUGGACGUUUUACGGUGUAAUGUUACAUUUAUCAAUAGGGUAUUUGACAAGUUUUAGGAAAACGAUCUCACGUUAUUGACUAACUAGCAAACCAGUGAACCAAAUGUUCACCAAAACCUAAUUUAAAAAAAAAUAUGCAUUUAAUUAAUUGAGAACUUCGGAGAUUUUGUGUGGUUUCGUUUGAAAUUCGUGAUUUCUCGAAAACCGCAAGUGCUACGUUACUCAAAUCCGGUUUGUAGUCUUAUCAGACUAUUCUUAACUUAUAACUUAAAUAUUCUCUUUAUCUAUCUCUUACGGUUUGGCCGCUGAAACAGCACCACAGACGGACGGACGGACUUGUCUAAUAGAUAAGAGAUAUUUAUGGAGUCCGUAAAAAGUGGAUAUUCAUCAUUCUGUUGCGUAUUUUAGUAAAACUAACCAAAUCAAAAACUCCAUUUUCAAAUUGCCGCGUAAUAUGGCGUCUUACUUGUGGGUGACGUCACACGACUGUUAUUAAAACGCCAAACGAUACAAUGUAAUGUCACUUUAACCGGAAGUUUACUUGCGUGUGACGUCAUUUUUGGCUCCGCCAAUCCGAAACGUUUUGGGUCACGUGACAAUAGAUAAGAAAACUAUUAUCUUGUUCGUGGGUUUUUAGAAAUGUAUGAAUAUUUUUUUGUAAAAAUAUUAAAAACCCCUGCCAAUAUUCAUUCUAAACACAGAUGCUAACGCACUUUAUUUUUAAUACUGUCAAAUACCCUAUUGUAGCCGAUCUCUUUCUAAUGGGAUUUACUUUAAACUUCACUCAGCGAUAAAUUAAAAAUUUAUUUCUCACCUUCUGCAAAACGGUCAUACAUCAUUCACAAAUAUUCAUUGAGCCCAUAAAAGUGGUAAUUUACUUUAAUUUGAAUCAGUUUUUCAAAUAUAACGCGGCAAACACUUUCUGAAUUAUUUCACGAAACUUUGGCAGCAAGUUUACAGACAUGUGACGUCAUUGUAAACGGCCAAUCACAGCCGUUUUCGAUCACGCUAGGCACUCAGCGCUCCAGACGGUCACGACCACGAUCAGUCGGGGUCGUUGGUCGCAGAAGCUACGGCUACGACGGGGGCCAACGAGAUUGCUAUGGUUAUCGCAAUCGCUUACGAUUUCAUUUUCGUAUUUCUGACCGCUGAAGGCUUUGAAAUGCCAGGCGCUCCUUUUUUCUUUUGCAUUGGUAAAAACAAUAUUAGAAAAGUCAUUGUCAGAAAUAAUAAAAUGAAAUUGUAAGCGAUAGCGAUAGCCAUAGCAAUCCUGUUAGACGAUUGACAACCCUGGUCGUUGCGACCACUGGACGCGGUCGUGGGCGUCUAGUGCGCAAGGUGCUUUAAAAUAGAUCAAAAGCAAAUUGCAAUGCGUCUCUUGGUAUGUCAGUUUUUAACUUAUUUUCUAUCAUCGCGGUUUUUCUAGUUAAAUUUUAUUUUUAAAUCUACUUAAAUAUUUCAGCCGUCGAAAUUUUUAUGUAAAACUUUGUUGAUGAUAUGGCUAUGUGCAAAUUCGUAUAAUAUUAGUUGUUGAGGCUCAAAAUUAUUUUGGAAUGUAAUAGGAAGUCAUGCCCCAAUUCUAGGUGGUGAAAACUGAAAAUUAAACACUUAAAAGAAUACAAUUUAUAAUAAAGUUUUAGCAAUAAAUCAUUUAAGAUAUUGUAAUGUAAAGUGAUAGAGAAAUACUAAUAUUAUUGUGAUAGAUAUAUAAACUAUUUUUUUUUACCUACCAAUACGUCAAAAUUUAAUAAUUUAAGGAAGACAGUUCAUCUCAUGACCUUUAUUACUGAGAUUUAAAGUUGAAUAUUAUUCGCUUGUAAAAAGUCGUUUAAGACCUCAGCUCACAUAGGCGUGUUAUUAUCGAUAACAUCGGGCGCAUUAUCGCGAUAUGUUUUUAUUACAUUAUGUAUUUGGUUGGGUACGAAGUUACACACCGCUGCGAUAAUAACGACGCAAUAGAGGUAUGAAAAAUUAUCGCAAUAAUUCAUCAGAUAUUAUCGACUGAUAAGCAUGCGCUGAUAUGGGGGAAAUUAAUUCCUUCAGUGACAGAGUUCAUGUCGUGAACUGAAUCGCACGAAAAAAUGACGUUUACGACCAUAGACCUGAGAAUAGACUUAGAAAUACCAGCAUGAAAUUGAUAAAAUUAUUGUAAGAGAAGACGAUAGUGCUGUCUAUACCUUUUGGUACAAAUUGUAUGGACAGAGAUUCAUAAAAAAGACACACAGAGCACAGGGCAAAUUGUUCCAAAUUAAUCAACUUGAAUAAGUAUUUAUCUAAAGUAACAAGACAUGAACUCAAAAUUUCAAUAUCGCAAAUCUUUUGAUGUUUUGCGAUCGCCAUACAGGUCGCUUAGGAGGUGAUUAUUCUAUUCCAAUAGUAUCUAAUGAAGGAGGGCUACCGCGUUUUGACUCACGAGAUGGCGCCACUGUAGAGUGUGGUCCUUAAGUGUAGCUUUUGAACUUUGUUCAUACGCGCUUUGUUAAUAUCAAAGUUUGCAUUAAAUCAUAUUUUAAUACAAAAGAACCGUAUCGUAAACGCAAUCGGCCAUGCCACAGUGCUACGCAGUCUUGUUUUUUCUUAGCUCCGCUUUUAAAUCACUGACAUUCAUUGUUACAUUAAUCAGAAUUUUGCCAUAAUUAUUCGGAGUUAUUACCAAAUAUAUUUCGACCUAUCCAUAGGAUAAAGCUACUUCUGCAUAAUCCCUACUUUACAGUAGCGCGAUUUGAAGUUUGUAAGAUGUAAAAUUUGCUGUAACUUGUAUUGGUAUUUUUCUAUUAUUUGUUUUUUUUUACCAAUCAUAUAAAACAUUGAGAAGCAAAUUAUGACGCAUUUAUUGUUUAAAAAAAUCUACAUUAACGGCUCAUAUUUUGUUAUUAAAGAGUAUCUUAUGUGAUUAUGUGACAAUUUACUACGGACAUCUUUGUGUUAUAUAUGCAUAUCGGACCUUAUGCAUGGGAAACGUGUCAAUAUUAUAUAAAGAUAUAACUUUGUUUUACAAAAUUUAUAUGUCCUGCCGCGUCACAUUAUGAUAAUAUGGCAAAUAAGAAAAAUAGAAUCAAACAUUUAGUAAAAAGUCUCAGUUUGUAACAAAAUUGAAGCCGUGCAGACUGCUUUCUUGCCCAUACAAAAGGUACUAGUGCUCUUGACUCUAUAUUCUUCGGAAACAAAAAUCACAUCAUCAUCAUCAUCAUCAUCAUCAGCCUAUUAAUGUCCCCACUGUUGGGGCACAGGCCUUCCCUAUGGAUGGAAUAGGGAGAUUGGGCCAUGACCCACCACGCGGGCCCAGUGCGGAUUGGUGGGUGCUAACGACUGCAGAUGCAGCCGGGACCAACGGCUUAACGUGCCUUCCGAAGCACGGAGGAGCUCGAGAUAGUAAUUUAUGGUCACCCAUCCAAUGACCGACCACAUCAAAAAUCACAUGUACCUUUAUUCAAUUGCUAUCUUCGAAGUUAUAUAAGUUUUAGAAUAAAUGUUUUUACCAGUAAAACAUAUGCGUCCGUUUCGCCUACAAGUAUAAUAAAAGUAGUUUGAUAACAUUUUCAUAUGUAACUUUAUUCUAUGCAUAGGUCGAUUUAUAACAUUAUUUUAAUAAGAAAUAAAUCCGCGUAGUCAACCCACAUGCAAUAACAUUUGACGUUUCGGAGACCUCGCGCUACACAAGCGCCUCUAGCGGCGGAUUCAUUUGCGAUAGCCUUCAGUAGAGUGCGUCAAUAAAAAUGCUUUCAGCGGCUUUAUGCAACCAUAUUAAAUACCCUAGAUACACCACGUGCGCUUAAAAUGUGUCCCAAUCAAGAAGUGCUUGAACACGACUCAAGCACUUCUUGAUUCACAGUCACGCGCGGACCGUUGAAAAGUCAACAUGCCGCUGAGCUCCGUAAAACCAGGCGAAAAAAAUCUUAUAGAAUGUAAAAUGACGUUUUUUCGACAGGUAUCUAAUCAAUAUUUGUUAAUUUAACGCAUUUGAAGUAAAUUUGGUUUUAAUACUUACUAUAAACUGAUUUAAUAGAAAAUAUUUGUGAUGUUCAAAUGCAUGGUUUAUAAUAUAGCAGUCUCUUUUCCUCGCGGACCGUACCUGCUAUAUUACUAACAGCGCAUUCAGAAUUGCGCGUAGAGUCAUAGAAAUAAGGUCUUUAUUCUUCUGCAUAUAGCAAUAAGUCGUAAAAUUUUUCAAGCUUACAUAUCGGACUGUCGUUACUCUUGGACGCGUGCGUUUUAAUUAAGAUCUUAUGCAUUAUGCUUUAAAGGUGAUUUUCAAUGUUAAAAUAAUGCCUUAUAUUGUUUAGACUACGCGAUCAUCUUACGGAGCUCCGUGGAUCGUCCAAUGUACCUUUUGGACAGGUUUCGGGCAUGAUUUUGUUCGUGUUGGUGUAUCUAGGGUAUUUAGUAUCGUAGGCUUUAUCGCUUAAAAGAAACAAAAUGUUGAUUCUAAAUGUACAAACAUUCAAUAACCAUUUUUAUAUCGUAGUACUUACGUUGAUGUUACCAUUUGCUUUUUCUAUAAUAUAUCUAUGAUUAAUAAUAAUAAGUUUCGUUCAUAAUUAACGAAUAAUAAGCUCGGAUUAGUUAGGCAUUGUCCUAAUACAACGCGAUAACGCGAUCAUCGCGCUUUUAAACGACGCGACCAUCGCGUGAUCGCGAACUGGGUGUCCUAAUAGAACGCGAAUACGGAACGGGUUAGCCCUGCCCCUCUCCCCGCUUCCUAUCGACGCGACGCGAUCAUCGCGCGAACUUCAGAUAGGACACCUAUUCAUCAUUAAUAGGUUUGAUUGCGCGUUCGCGUGAACUAAGUUCGAGCGAAUAGAUUUUUAAACAUUUUAGUCGCGUGAAUGCAUCGCGCGAUCGCCUAUUAGGACACCUAUUCUAGAUCAAUAUGUUUGAUCGUCGAAUCGUACGAUGAUCGCAUCGCUCAUUCGCGUUAUCGCGUUGUAUUAGGACAAUGCCUUACGCAUAGUUUAGUCUUUGCUCAUGGAGUAAGAGUGGUGGGAACAAAUUGUCAUCGCGACUAGCUUAUUCAUCUAUUAAUUAUAAUGGUGUGAUCACACUAUCGGGAAACGCCGUUAUUGCGAUGUACGACGCUUAAAACACAGAUGGAAAAAAUUCGUAACAACUCAACACGGUAAUGUAACAACUUAACGCGGUAAUGUAACAACUUAACGCGGUAAUGUUACAACGGCAUUCAUUUACUGCCGUUGAAUCUAAGGCGAUAGGUUUAGUACACCAAAAACGAGAAAAUUAACGCGAAAAGCGAUAGGCUUAUAUAAGGUGGAUAGCGACAAAAUCAUUGUUUCUCAAAAUUUUGCUAACGACGCCUAAGUUUGUGCCAUGAUCAAUUAUUGCCGUUAAUGGUUCAAUAGCCGUUUUUUCUCUGUUUUAUUGCCAAUAAACGGAAAUCGCCGUUUAACGGUCGUGUGACCCCAGCAUUAAGGGGCAUUACUAGCAUUACGGGGCUAAGUUUAUGUUUUAUAGUCAGGGCCGGACCGUGAGUUUAGGGGGCCCCGGGCUAAUAUUACUUAGGGGCCCACUUAAUGAGGGCUACCGUUUUCUGCCUCACCAGAUGGCGCCACUGUUGAGUGAGGUCCUAAAUUGUAACUUUUAAAGUUUAUUAAUACGCACAUGAAAUCAAAGGUUACAUUUAGAUCGUAUUUUAACACAAAAGAACCAUAUUCUAAACAUAAUAGGCCAUGCCACAGUGACGCGCAGUUCCGUUUUAUUCGGAAAAAUGGGAACAUAAUCAUUUUUCUAAGCUCAAAUUUUUAAUAACUGACAUUCAUCGCCACAUAACUCAUAUUUGCCAUAAUUAAGCCGAAUUGUUACCAAUUAUUCACAACAUUAUUUUAAUUAGAAAUAAACCCGCGUAGUCAACCAACAAGCAAUAACAUUUGACAUUUCGGAGACCUCACGCUACACUAGCGCCUCUAGCGGCGGAUUCAUACGCGAUAGCCCUCAUUACCCAAAGUAUAGAAAAAAUGAGACAGUAAACUAUUUAAUUUAAAUUAUAAUAUUUUAUGCCUUACUGUUAUACAACCGUUAAUAAAUGGACAAAUUACAAAGCAAACUUUCUGCAAAGUGCAGAAAUGGCAUUUUUUUUAAUUUGCUCAUCACAUUCUAGGGGUAAUAUAAAUGGGGUUAUAUUCAACAAUAUAUUUUUUUUACAUUGAAUUUACUUAUAAUCAUUGUAUGUACUGCUUUAUGAAUUAACUGAGGGCCCUUGAAUCCACGGGGCCCUAAAAGCCAUAUGGUAGAUCCGGCCCUGUUUACAGUAUUACCGAAGUGAUACUUAAAAAUUAUUAUUAUUUUAACUGACAUGUCAUAAAUUAAUAUGAAUAUUUCUAACACACAUAUUAAUAUUCGAGAAUAUUAUGCGAUACAAACAUGUGCCUUUUACUCAUUGCAAUAAUAAGAGUGGUGAUUUCAUCGUCAGAGUAAAUAAUGAUACCUAUAUAUUAUUGGUAUUUUUAUGCGCAAGAAAUUAAAAACUAAAGUAAUAUCUAAGCCAAUUCUAUGUUUUCAUUGAUGAAAAAAUAAGGCUAGAUUAAUAAAUGACUGUAUUCAGAUAAAUAAAUAAAAGUUAUUAGGGUGUAACUGAGCGUUGUGAUAUUUUAUCUUCGUUUGAUGCCAUUGAUCCAAAGUGUGUUUUAAAAUGUUUAAUAAGUAAACCAUUUUAUUUGUUUAAUAAAUAAAUAUUGAUUCAUUGUGCCUUAAGAGUAGUAUAAUACUCUAAGUAUAAUUAUAUUUUCACCGAUAGAUAAUACGUUUACAUUUAAAAAGUGCUGCGCAAGAUUCUGUAUAUUGUAUUAGAUGUUGUAAAAAUGUUUCGUAAAAGCUUUAGUUGUUUUGUUUGACAUACAAAAAAAUACCACUAUACUCAAACAAUUUAACUAUACAAUGUUACCACUACAUAACACAUUACUUAUUAUUAAUUAUGUUUAAUUAAUUUAAUCAUUGCUUUCGGACAUGCUAUUAUUGUUACGUAUAAGAAUCUGUUUUUAAAUUAACAAAUAAAUAACACUUUCUAUUUUCUAUUAUAAAAAGUGUAAAAUUAUUCCAUUAUUUGUAAAGGGCGGAAUUUUGACAAUGUACACUUCUAUUAGAAUAAAUUUAUAUAAGUGCAUAAUUUACAAAUCAUUAUUUUGUAAUUAUCAUUAAAUACUGGCACUGUUUGUUAAAAUUAUAGUGCCUAGUGGGGAAACAGAGUCCUAUACUUAAAAUUAAUGACAGUACAGUACAGUACCCCCAGCACGAACCAAUAUCGAAUUCGAAUAGUUUGCGAGUCCGAAAUGUCAUUGUCAAAUUUUGUAUGGAAUCUUGAACAGCAGCGCCUCAACGGACGUAACGAGAACUAAAAAUCAGUACACAUUUGACAAUGUCAUCUCGCACUCGCAAAACUAUUUGAAUUCGAAAAAAGUCCUAAUGUAUGUAUGGAAUACAUAAGAGUAAGCUCAGAUUUUUUGCAGUAUUUUAUUGAUAUAAUUCUCUGUAUUAACUUAGACUAUCUUUGAAUAAACGAACAAAAUGUAUUCUGUUUUUUAGACUAAACAGCUUAGAAGGAAAUGUAUAAUUUUAUAAUAUUUUAUGUCACAAUGUUUCGGCUGUAUAAUGAUGUGUAAUUUUAUACUCCGAUAUUUAAUAUAGACAUGUUUAUAUAUAUAAGUAUAAUUUUAAUGGACAAAGUAUGUAUGAAGUAUCGGAAUUAUUGUUGUUACAUAGUUUAAUAAGUUGUUGAUCUUGUAUUUUCGAUAUCGUUCGCGGGACGAUAAUAAAUAACCUUAAAUCGGAAUUGUUUUAUUGUAAUAAUUUUAAAUACACGCAUAGCAUAAUGAUUUAUUACUUAUUAGAUAAAUAUUGAAAAGCUUAUUUUUUUCCAAUAAUUUGGAGCAAGCUCUUAAUUUUUUGUGUAAAAGUAAUGGAUUUAUUAAUGAUCUCUUAUAACAAAUAAUAGCUAGUUUUUAUCUAGCGACUACUGUGUCAUCUUGAGCAUUAUGAUAUAUAUGAAAUUAUAACCAUGUUUGUUGAGUAACUUCAUUAACAUAUUGAAAGGUAAACUUCAAGAAUAUUAAGUCUUCCAAAGUUCCAAUUAAAUUGCAAAAAUGUAUCGUCCCGCUCUGGCCAUAACGCGCACCAAAUAUUAUACAAAUUGUUGUUUUGUGUGUAUAAUUUAAUGUUUAUUGUGUAUAAUUUUAGUUCAUCACUAAAGAUAUUAUUUUGUACUCAAUUUGUAAGCAGCAGUAAGGAUAUUAUUACGAAUAAAUAGUUUCUCUAUUGAACUGUAGUUUGAAUAAUAAUUAAAUUAAAUAUUGAGGGUAUGUAAUAUAAUUUGAUGAACCUA